UACACAUGCUGAGCUAAAGAUUAAAAGUCCGAGUACAAAUCCUAUCUGACACAUACAGAACCAGCCAUGGGGAAACCAACGUAUCUGAGCCUGUAUCUGAUUCUGUCUGUAUUUGUCUGGAUAUGUAGUUCACAUGUGGUGGAGUGGACAUACCAAGAGGGAGAAGUAGAUGAAGCAAACUGGGGUAAAAAAUACCCAUUGUGUGCGGCAACACACCAGUCACCCAUUGAUAUUCAAAGGAAGAAAGUUAGGCAUAACCCUGAUCUUGGUCCGCUGCAGUUAGAGGGCUACGAUGGACUAUUGCAUGGACAUUUUCGGAUUUCCAACAACGGCCAUUCAGUGCAAAUAGAACUGCCACCGACCAUGAAAGUUACAAAAGGACUCGGACACAUCUACACUGCAGUACAAAUGCACCUGCACUGGGGUGGACUUGACCUGGAAACUAGUGGGUCUGAGCACACUAUAGAUGGGAUGCGAUACAUGGCAGAGCUGCAUAUUGUGCACUAUAACUCAGAAUUAUACAAGACCUUUGAUGAGGCCAAAGACAAGCCAAAUGGCCUAGCAGUACUUGCUUUUAUAUAUAUGGAUGGCCAUUUAGAAAACACCUAUUACAGUGAAGUGAUUUCCAAGCUAGCCAAGAUCCGAUAUGCAGGCCAAGAAACUGAAAUAAAGUCAGUUAACCCCUUGGCUAUGUUGCCUGAAGACCUGGACAAGUAUUAUCGCUACCAGGGAUCCCUCACCACUCCCCCCUGUACAGAGAAUGUGCUGUGGACUGUAUACGACUCUUAUAUUAUCCUAUCUGAAAAUCAGAUCAAAUUGUUGGAGGGGACAUUGCUGGAUUGGCACAAUAAUACCCUGCGUAAUGAUUACCGCCAUGCGCAGCCACUGAAUGAUCGUGUUGUGGAAUCUUCUUUCAAAGUACAGUUGUCCAAAGAAUUCUGCCAGCAGGAGAUCACCACUAAAUUGACUGCAAUCGAGAGUGAACUUUUAGAUGUGAAAAGGAAGGUGGAGACUGACCCUUCCAAAGGUCUUGCACGUUCUUCUGCAGUUCCGCACUAUCCUUUGCUUUAUUUCGACAAGAAACACCCAGCUGCUCAUGUAGAAGUUCAUCCUCUUCAACCUUUACAGUUGACUCAGUUUACCCUCUGUGUGUGGGUGAGAACCAAGCAUGAGGGCAAUCACAAAGUCUUUUCUUACUCAACCACAAAUAGUGAAAAUGAACUUGUCUUGAGUGUAGGGUCUGGCAUAUAUCUAUGGAUUGGAGAAGAAUCUGUUGACUUCAACAUACAUCACACAUCAGAGGACUGGGUUCAUUACUGUGUACGGUGGGAAUCUUCCUCUGGGCGCAGUGAGCUCUGGGUGAGUGGUCUUCACGGAAAAGAGAAAGUUGUCAAGAAAGAUUAUGAAAUAAAAUCUGGAGGUAUAGUUCUUCUUGCAAAAGACCGUUUUGACCUCUUGGGACUGUUUAACAAUGGCUUCCUUGGAAGGUUAAGUCAACUUCACCUUUGGAGUCGCCUACUAAGUGCUCAAGAGAUUUCUUCACUAAGUAAAUGUCAAAUGACAGGACUAAAGGGAGACAUAAUAUCUUGGGGAGAUACCUCCAUGACUGUAUCUGGCGGUGUCAUCCUUGAGGCUGAUAAUAGCUGUUGAAUCAUUUAAAUAAUACAUUACUUUGUAUCUUUACAGAAGAUGGUUAAUUCCACUCUUCAUAGGGUUUUCUUUUUCACGCCCAGUGCCAUGUAUGUAUCCACUGUUUUUCCAUCAAGCAGGAUCUAUUAAAACUACAUAUUCUCUCCA